UGUGCUGCCCUCGUUUGACUUGUUUACGUUCUAAACCGUCAAAAUAUCAAGACGCCGCUCCCCUCAAUUUGACCUUAGCCAAAUUAGACACAACGGCUUUGCCCAACUGCCAAACGACGCGCUGCGUCUGUAAAAACUCUGGCAACAUGUCGAUUCAAGCGAAAAUCGGUCCGUCUAUACUUAAUGCCGAUCUAGCCAAUUUGGCAGAGGAGUCACAAAAGCUGCUGGACAAUGGUGCCGAUUAUUUACAUCUGGAUGUGAUGGACGGCACUUUUGUGCCGAAUCUAACUUUUGGACAUCCCAUGGUCAAGUGUUUGCGUAACAAAAUCAAGGAAGCGUUCUUUGAAACGCACAUGAUGGUGCAGAAUCCGGAGCAAUGGAUAGCACCCAUGUCGGAUGCAGGCGUCAAUCUGUACACAUUUCAUAUUGAGCCCGUCGAGGAUGUGUGCAAGGUCACCCGACUGAUACAGGAGGCUGGCAUGAAAGUGGGCCUAGCCAUUAAGCCGGGCACAAGUGUGAAAGACAUUGAGAAAUAUGUAGAGCUGGCGGAUCUGGUGCUGGUCAUGACAGUGGAGCCUGGCUUUGGUGGUCAAUCGUUCAUGGCCGACAUGAUGCCAAAAGUUGAGUGGCUGCGCAACAACUACCCAAAUCUGGAUAUUGAAGUCGACGGUGGCGUCGGUCCAAAAACCAUUGACUGCUGUGCCAAGGCGGGCGCCAACUGGAUUGUCUCCGGCACAGCUGUAGUCGGUGCAGCCGAUCAGCGCCAGGUCAUCGGUGAUAUGCGCAAUGUUGUAAAGAGUUACCUCAAAUGAAAAAUGUGAAUUUUUCAUAGAAUUUAUUCAUUAAGUCUAAAGUUUUAAAAGACAAACACUAUGCGAAACAAAAUUACCUGUUAAAAAAAUAAAACCCUCUUUUUCUACGAUUUAUAAAGACAAAUAGAUAAAUAA